AACUUUACAAGGUUGCUAUACCAAGACAUAUAAAUAGUAAAACAAUGUAGAUUGGGUUAUUGGUUUGGGUUAAAGAAAAGCUUGAAUGGUUUUUGCAUGGAUUCUCAUUAUGUUUAGAUAAGUUGGUUCGGUUGGGUUAAAAGGCUCAUCCCUAACUUUUCUCAAACAAUUUUUGUAUUUCUUUGCAUUCUAAAAAUAGCUAGUCAUAAUGUUUUUAUUUUAUCACAUUUUAUUCAGAAAUUUCAUUUACAAUAUUGAAAAGGGAUCGGAGGCAUUUCACGUACUAUCCUUCUUUCUCCCUUUCCUUUACAAUUAGUUGAAAAUCACACGAAAGUCGCUCAAUAACUUGCGUAACAAGAACAAAAUGGAUUACGAAACACUAGAGAUCGAAGACCCAAAUGAUCUUAACAUUCCCGUUGAUGAUAACUACUUAGUGGAGCCAGGUUGGGCUGCAUUCUUCUCCCUCCUAGCCGUGUACGCCAUCUUAUUUUCCAUCGACAAUUUAGCUUUUUGUCAGGCCAACUUCUUAAUCCAAUCUAUAUCCGUCUCCUCCUCCUCUGCUGAAUCGGUGUGGAUUGUAUAUUUCUUUGUGAAGAAACCUAGCUUUAGGUGUUCUAUCUCUUAUGAACGCGAAUAUGUGUCGGCCAAUCUUGGUCCCCUGAAAAGUGCCAUUUUAAAUGUAUCUCACAACCAACGUUCCAAUGGUCACACAGAUUUUUUUGUCGCUUUCGAGGCUGAGACUGAGGAUAUUGGACCCGCCAAUGGAGGCGACGUUUUUUCAGGUGUCCACAAUCUUAAUAUUACACUCCUCAUGAAGCACAAACAAUUUGCAGCGAACAACAAACCAGGACAUUUGAUUGUUCAGUGUAGAAAUCUUACCGUUGUGUUCUCAUCGGAUAUGAAGUCGGGAACAAUGCUCGGUGAAAAGAAGAUUGAAUGUCACUCAUCUUUUCUAAAUUUGAAAGAGCUUUUUCCUAAUUGAUGUUCUUAUAGAUUUUUCAUGGUAUUAUUAUUAACUACUACAGUUUCAAGUAAAUACAUCCCAAGCCAUUGUUAUCAAAAUCAUUUGUUAGAUUUACACUGAUUACUAGAUAUAUGGAUGAACAAGAUUCAACACAUCAUGUUACAAGUAAAAGUUAAAAUAUUUUGAUAGAAAUCGUUACAUACCAAAAUAAUUGAAUUUGGUUGCUACUUUUCUCGUAUAUAGUAAGAUUAAUACUUUCUUUCUUUUUUUGCCAAGCCAGUACGUAUACAAUUAACAACAUUAAAUCAUCAAAACGAGAUUUUGCUAGAAGAAAACAUUAUGCUAUAUCUUU